CAGUCGUAAUACAAAGCUUCGAAGAAAAACGUAUAUAUCAGACAUUCUGCUAUUUCUCAGUGACACAGACAUAAGGAAAGGCUUAUUUGAAAUAUGAUAUUAAUUUUUGCCGAUAGCAGUGUCCAAUCUUUAUUCGAUAUUUGAAUUGAAAUAAGAUAAAUGAAAACCAAGGCUUCGUGUGCCUUGGUGUGAUAAGCGAUCGCCGACUGUCAAAGCAGUAAUAUGUUAAUUAUCGACUGAGAAAAAUAUAAACAGAAAUAGUGAACAUUACUCAAUUCGGUAGACUGUAGGACAUAUAUAGAACUAUAGGAUAAAUAUGGCUCUGAAAGCAUUUGAUUUGGUGUCUGUUUUGGAGAGAGCUGAACUGAAGAUAGAAUGCCUGGAAGCAAGUGGAAACGACCUUUACUUAGGGUCCGAAGACAGCACCGUUGUUCAUUAUCUGGUGGAAGAACGAACACAUGAGGGGACUGGGAGGAUCGUUUACUCCACCAGCAAGAUUAGUCAGAAGAGCCUUGGCACAAAAAAGACUGUCACCCAGCUGAAAACAGCUUCAGCUCUUGGUCGACUGAUGGCUCUGAGCGAUGGGAACUUAUAUCUGUUGGAAUCUGAUGUUCUGAAUACCAUUGGCUCAGGCCCAAAAAUCAAGAAUGUUACCGUGUUUUGUGUCAACGAAAACCCCAAUAUUAUGGAUCCAUUCACUGUCCAGCUAUGUGUGGGCAAGAGGAGAUGUAUACAGAUCUGUUCAUUACAUGAAGAUAGAGUGUCCCUGCUGAAAGAGCUCUCAACCCCGGAACCCGUCAACAUUGCAAUGGAUGGAAGCUAUGUCUGUAUUGCUGGUCAAGGCCAGUACUGUGUUUUUAAUGUGGACUCUGGAGCCAGCCAAGAUCUCUUCCCAUAUGAUCCUGCAACAACAUACCCUCAUGUAAAAAGAGUUGCAAAGGAGGAAUUUCUUUUAGCUGGACCAGGAAACCUUGGAAUGUUUGUAACUGCAGCAGGUAUAUCAGAGCGGCCGCCUAUUCAGUGGACAGAUGGAAUCAAAUCUCUCUCUUAUUAUCACCCUUACAUUCUGACCAUCACAAAUCAGUUCAUUAGGGUUUACAGCUUGAUUGAUCAACAACACAAGCAGACACUGAAUUUUGCUGGUGGUGAAUUACUGGGCAACUUUGAUGGCCAGCUCUAUGUUGCUGCAAGUUCUUGCAUUUCUUGCCUUAUGCCACAACCAUGGACAAUGCAAGUUCAGACGUUAAUGGAUAGUGAAAGAGUAGAAGAAGCAGUACAGUUGGCAGAGCAUAGUGGAGCCAUAGGAAUGAGCCAGGAGCAGUAUCAUCAGCUAUGUCGAACACUCCAUCAGAGAGCAGGAUUUAUUAAGUUAGUGCAGGGUUUCUAUCAUCAAGCACAGGAAUACUUCAUCAAGGGUGCAGUGGAUGUUAGAGAGGUGGUUAGCCUCUACCCUGGAUUGCUUCCAGCCACAGUCAGCUUUAUGAGAGCUCAGCCACCUCUGCAUCAGUUUGCUGAUAUUGCACAAGCUAUGCAUGGAGAUCAAACUAAGAUAGACGAAGCCAAGACAUUCCUUAUAAAUUUCCUUAUUCAUCUUCGUGGUUCAGGAGAACCCAUUACAUACAGAAUGGAAGUUGAUACUGCAGUUAUCAAGCUGCAAGCAGAGAAACAGUCACCAGAUCUGUUGUUAUUCCUGGAAAGUGGUGACAUUGUCUGUAAUUUACCAGAGUGUGCUGAGUGGCUCCAAAGACACAAACAAUAUUUUGCACUGUCGAAGUUAUAUAGGGUGCUUGGUGAUUUAGAAAAGUCUCUGGAAGUUCUCACUCAGCUUGUUAGAGAAGAAAUUAAGGAUUCAAACUUUGGUGGAAUUCAAGAUUUAGUAGAUUGUCUGAAUUGUUCUGCAGAUGCUGGACUAGUGUGGCGCUAUGCAAACUUUAUUUUGGACCGUAAUGCAUCUGAAGGUGUCCGUGUCUUUAUGGAAACACAAGCACAAUUAGAUCCCUCAAAAGUUCUUCAGACUCUACAAAGAUAUCCACAAGCAAGACUCACAUUCUUGCACCACCUAAUAGACACAAAGAACUUGCAGGAGGAAAAAUACCAUACAGAAUUAGUCUUGCACUAUGUAGAUGAGGCAGUAAGACUCAUGAAUGACAAAUCAGCAUCACCAGAAGAGCUGGAGGAGGCAAGGAGUAAACUGCAGGACCUCUUGACCUCCUCUAGCCAUUACCAGCCACAGCCAGUUCUUGCACGGAUGAAAGGCACAGAAUUACAUGUUGAAAUAGCUGCUGUGUAUGGGAGGCUGGGAGAGCAUGAAAAGGCUCUCUCUAUGUUAGUGCACCAGCUGAAAGACUUCGCUGCAGCUGAACAAUACUGCAUUGCACAGAGUAAAGGAGCAAGCAACACAACUAAAUCAAAUAUAUUCCUCAUACUUCUCAAGAUUUACCUCAGACCUCCACCUGGAGGCACAGAAGAUGAUAUAGAACUUGCCCCGGCAAUUGAACUUCUGUCUGUCCAUGCAGGUGACCUAGAAGUAUCAUCAGUAUUGUCUCUUCUACCACCCAAUUGGUCACUGAGCAUUGUACACCAUUACUUGCGUGCAGCUCUUAGGACCUCUAUGCAUCAGAGUCGCAUUAAGAGGAUACAGCAGACAUUAGUAAAGAGUGAGAAUUUGCAGCAGAAAUUUUUACUAUACAAACUCUCCAGGGAUAUGGGCCCCAUCCCUUUAGCAGUGAACAGGAUCUGUUGUGUAUGCAAUCGAGGAUUCAACAUGUGUGAGUUCCUGAUCUACCCCAAUGGUGUAAUGGCUCACCCUGCCUGUGCUCCAAACCACAGUGUGUGCCCCCUCACAGGCACGGUCUUUCAGGUUUCGCACGACAACUCAAGCAAGGAGAGGACCAGUAGUCAGCAUGCCAGAUAAUGAAUGAUGUUUGUGGUUAGAUGGGGUGGAAAGAUAAUGGUUGUGUGAUGUUUAGGUGGGAUGGCCUUUGUAAAUUAUUCUUAUUAUGUAAUUUUAGCAAGCCUGUUGCUUUGUGAUAUUGUCUAUUUGCACUGCAGUAAGACUUGUUAAUAUGUAAUUGUUAGAAUUGUGAAUAAAUGUGAUAUGAGAGA